UAAUAAGACAACAACCGACACCAAUAUUUCACCACAAAUUACAAACCCACCUCCAAUCACUACUAAUCUUUUUCCUUCAUAAUUUUGUGACAGCUUCUAUUGGGGCCUGUUAUUAGGCGUGCUUCCUCUCCAAUUCUCUCUCUCCAUAUACACGUUUUAUCUGAGUUUCUGUCCCACUUUGAUGAUUUUGGAGUUGGGUUUUCUUUCGAUUGAUUGGGAUCUGGGGUAUCCCAAUCAUUCUUUUCCCAUCUGGGUUUCCCAGAUUUUGGGGCUGGAGAAAUCUAAGGUACACAAAUGAUCGUCUGGGUAUCUGUGAUUUUGUUGCAAUUUGUAGAUUUGAAUUCCCGUAGAUAGAAUCAAGAAUCACUUUUGAUUGAGGGCAUUUGUUCUUCUUCUUCUUCUGGUCAAAGAAGCAAUACAGAGAAUGGUAGCUGGAAAUGGACUGUUCUACCCCAUCAUUGGCUUUGCAUCAUUUCUUGUUUUGAUUUACUGGUCAUUUGGUGAUUUAUGGGUCAAUUACCGUAAUGGACCCGAGUUGAGCUUUGUGCAAAGGAAUGGGACUCAUUUCAUGGUUGAUGGUAGAGUCUUCUACGUUAAUGGGUGGAACUCUUACUGGUUAAUGGACCAUGCUGUGGAUCAUUACACUAGACCUAGGGUUAGGGAAAUGCUCCGAGCCGGCGCGAAGAUGGGCCUUACCGUGUGCCGAACUUGGGCCUUCAACGAUGGUGCCUACAAUGCCCUUCAGAUUUCCCCUGGCAGAUAUGAUGAGAGAGUAUUUAGGGCCUUGGAUCAUGUCAUUGCAGAGGCCAGGAAACACGGAAUACGGUUGCUUCUUAGCUUAGUUAAUAACUUGCUACCAUAUGGUGGGAAGACACAAUACGUCAAGUGGGCAUGGGAAGAAGGAGUUGGUUUGAGCUCUUCUAAUGAUUCAUUCUUCUAUGAUCCAUCAAUUCGCAAUUAUUUCAAAAAUCAUGUCAAGGCUUUGCUCACACGGAGGAACACUAUCACUGGAAUUCAAUAUAGGGAUGAUCCCACCAUCUUCGCAUGGGAGUUGAUCAAUGAGCCUCGCUGCAUCUCUGAUCCUUCAGGCAAUACCCUCCAAGAUUGGAUAGAAGAAAUGUCAGUUUUCGUGAAAUCAAUUGACAAGAAGCAUCUGUUAACCAUUGGCCUUGAAGGGUUCUACGGUCCCAAGAGUCCCAAAAGGCUAACCGUAAACCCAGGAGAAUGGGCAGCUAACCUUGGAUCUGAUUUUAUUCGCAACUCCAAGAUCUCAACCAUCGAUUUUGCCACUGUUCAUAUCUACCCUGACCAGUGGUUUCCUGAGCAAGAGCUAGAUGAGAAACUAAAAUAUGUCUCCAAAUGGAUGGUUUCUCAUAUCGAAGAUGGUGAUAAAGAACUGAGGAAACCUAUCAUGUUCACUGAAUUCGGCUUGUCAAAUCUGAGCAAAGGUUUCCAGCCAUCUCAGCGCGAAAGAUUCUACAAAAUUGCUUAUGAUGUCAUCUAUGAAUCUGCCCAGAAAAAUGAUUCAGGCGCUGGAUCUUUUGUGUGGCAGUUCUUGGUUGGAGGGAUGGAAGAGUACAACGAUGAUUACGGGAUUGUCCCUUGGGAGAGCCCAUCAAUGUACCGGUUGAUAACUCAACAUUCAUGUCGGCUGGCAAUAUCUCAGGGUGUGCUCCCUUCGCAAAAGGAGCACUUGAAAGAAUUGUGUUUGCAGAGACGGUAAAUUUUCUGAUAACCAAAACCUGAACGUCUUAUAUGCCGGUGAUUGGUUCCCAUUUUUUAUGGUUUAAGUUUGUUCCAAGUGUGCAGGAUGUAGGUUGUUAGGUUUGUAAGUUAAGGUUUGAUAGCAUCUAUUUUUAAUGUAAAUGAAACUGCAGCAUAAAAAUGCAGCAAAUUGUUGUAAAAUGUAGUAUUCAUUGUGGACCAAAAGGAAAUAAAAUUAGAGUUCAUGGUAA